AUCAAGAAUACCAAGUCCUCGCUAUCAUUAAGCUCUCAGACGUAUGAUUCCCCUGCGCCGACGGGCGUUCGCUUUGUCGAUCGCGAUCGUCUUCUUCCUCCUUAUGAUUCAUCUCAAUUUCCGACCCUUCACUGCUUAUAGGAUACACGCCAUUUUCAACGGCACUCAGCAUGCAGAGGAGUUGUUUCAAAAUCGGACGGAUUCCCCUGCGAAAACUCCCAGCUCUAAAAUUCUGCCCGACUCUGUCGCCACCAAAACCACCGCGGACAUCGCCCUGGAGACCUCCCCAGCAAUCACCCCGGACAAGAUUCUCGUAGUUGCGAAAUUAAAAUCCGAGGACACGAAUUGGGUGUCUGAAAACUUCCCCGAUUGGCAGAAUGCCAUCUACACUGUCGAUGACCCCGACGCGACCCUUCACACAAGCAUGAAUAAAGGCCGUGAAGCCAGCGCCUACCUUACUUACAUCAUCGAGAAUUAUUCUAAUCUCCCAUCUACCAUUGUAUUCCUACACAGUCAUCGAAACCACGACCAUGGAUCCCGCGAUGUCGAAGAUCUAAACUUCGAUAACGUCGCCACCAUCAAAGCCCUGCAUAUUGAUUUCAUCCAGAAAACCGGCUAUGCAAACCUCCGAUGUAUUCUAAAUCCAGGAUGUCCAGCGGAAAUUCAGCCGUUCCGACCCGAUGAGGAAUUGAGUCCGCUAAAGCCACAGGAACGCGCUAUGGUGGAUGCGUGGGCUGAACUCUUCGGAAACGACAAUGUGCCCCAGGUUCUUGCUGCACCUUGCUGCGCGCAAUUUGCCGUUUCAAGAGAACAAGUAUUAAAGAGGCCGAAGGAAGAAUAUGAAAGGUUUUUGAAGUGGUUGCUAGAUACCCCCCUCAAUGACUAUACUUCUGGUAGGGUGUUUGAGUACCUUUGGCAUGUUAUUUUUGGGAGAGAGAGUGUUUUCUGUCCAGAUAUGGAGCAAUGUUAUCGGGAUUUGUAUGGGACUUCUCCACCUCCUUUGAAUAAGGGAAAUAUUAGUUCAAGUAGCAGUGUACCAUAAGAUAAAUAUAGAUAGAUAUAUUUCCC